AUGUUGCAAAGCAGUCUAAAUACAACAAUUACAGAUCCAAUUCUGAAUCCAAACAUACCAGACAAAAACAGCAAUCAACCAACCUCGAUACCAGCUACUUCUGCUUCUGCUUCUGCUUCUGCUUCUGCUUCCGCUUCUGCUUCCGGAGCCACAUCAACAUCUAAAACAAAUUCUAAAUCGACACCUUUUUAUGGUCAGUCCAAUUUCAUCAACAUUGGAAAAAUCACAUUAGGGAAAUACAAAUUUCAACCAUGGUUCAGCAACACUGCAUACUUUUAUCCUCAUGAAGGGUCACAUGACCAAUUGGGAUACGAAUAUGCCAAUCAAGUUUCUCUUGAGCCCAACUCGCGACGCCGUCUGAAAAUCACCGACAGAGAGUGCUCGAUUAAAAACCUCUACGUAUGUGAAUAUUGUUUUAAAUACUCACAGUCAGGCACUGCUGUCGUGGCGCACCAACAUAUAUGUCCAAACAACGUGCCAAAACCAAAAGUCGGUAGCUUGGCAUACUAUGAUUACGAAAAAGGAAUCGUGAUAAGGGAAGUACGAGGGUACCAGGACCCAUUAUUCUGUCAAAACCUAUGUCUUUUCGGAAAAUUGUUUCUUGACGACAAAUCUGUUUAUUAUAAUGUUGACCAUUUUAAUUUUUAUAUAUACUAUGCUAAACCUGACGCCAAGGAGAACUACAAACCAAUGGGAUUCUUUUCCAAGGAGAUGAUUGCAUAUGAUAACUCGAAUAACCUUGCAUGCAUUUGCGUGUUUCCACCGUAUCAAAGAAGGGGUAUUGGUCAGCUGUUGAUCGAGUUGCUGUAUAUGCUCGAAAGCUCGCCGACCUCAAACUCUGAUAGGAGAACAGGGCCCGAGGUGCCACUAUCGCCGUAUGGGAAAGCUGCAUAUCUCAAAUACUGGUCCGCAUGUGUGGUGCAAAGCUUGCUUGAGUAUGGAUCGGUAUCUAAUGGAGGAACUGAGCUGUUUAGCAAAAAUACGGACCUCUUGAAAGUCACCCUUGACCAAUUGGGUGCAGCAAAUCAUCUUCGAAAAGAAGAUGUCUUAUUUACAAUGGAACAUAUGGGUAUAUUAAUCACUGAAAACGAUAAGGUCUACGUAUCUUUGAAAGCUUUGAACAAAUGGAAGGAUAAAAAAAAGAAAACACAUGACUCAAUCAACUAUUUACUUCAACCAAAGUAUUUGAGCAAACUUGUCUAG